AUGCUGUCAUCCUCACUGCUCAAAGCAACCAUUUGCCUCAUUUGGCCCGCUUCGGAAUGGACACCAUGUGGACGGGAACCAGCCAGCGCGAUCCCGUCGCUCCUGGAUGCUACACUCGACGAUCUCAGCCACGGCUUGGAUAGUGAAAUUUUCACUAGUGUCGACCUCGUGAACGCUUACAUCGCGCGCAUAGAAGAGACUACACCGACCCUCAACGCCGUCACCGAGAUUAACCCGGAUGCCGUCUCCAUCGCCGAAACUCUGGACCUCAUCCGCCGACAAGGCGGACCGCUCCUCGGGCCUCUACACGGCGUCCCCGUAUUAAUCAAGGACAACAUUGCAACGGCAGAUAAAAUGAACAACACGGCCGGCUCUUACGCUUUGUUGGGUGCUAGAGUCUCCGAGGACAGCACCGUCGCCGCCAAGCUCCGGGAAGCGGGGGCGAUUCUGCUCGGCAAGGCACACCUGUCGCAGUGGGCCGAAUGCCGGAGCUCCAAUUCGAGCAAUGGGUGGUCAACGUAUGGCGGUCAGACCCUGGGCGCAUAUUACCCCUUUCAAGACCCAUCGGGGUCAUCGGGGGGCAGCGGCGUCGCGUCUUCAGUCGGUCUCGCGUGGGCGUCUCUUGGGACUGAGACAGCCGGCUCAAUUCUAUUGCCCAGUGACGUCAAUAACGUCGUAGGUAUCAAGCCCACUCUUGGUCUCACCUCCCGGUACCUUGUCGUACCAAUUUCGGAGCACCAAGAUGUUGUUGGACCAAUUGCUCGGACUGUGAAAGAUGCUGCUCAUCUCCUGGGAGCCAUCGCCGGGGCAGAUCCCAACGAUAACUACACGUCGGCAUUCCCUUUCCAGAAGACCCCGGACUACGCCGCGGCAUGCGUGGAAGGAGGACUGUUGGGCAAGAGAUUGGGAAUCCCACGCCAUGUCCUGCACGACUCCCGAGGCGCCCCUCCCUCCAACUACUCCGUGACGGUAUUCGACUCGGCCGUCGACAUUCUCAGGUCCGCCGGUGCAGAGAUCAUCGACAACAUUGUUCUACCAGGAUACAACAUGACGGAGAUAUCACCGCUUCUCACUAAGAGCUUACACGCAGAUUUCGCCGUUGCCAUAGAAAGGUACUUCGGACAAUUGAAGUACAACCCGUAUAACGUUAGCACGCUUCGUGAGCUCCGGGAUUGGACUCAGCACGACUCCCGAGAGCAGUGGCCGGAGAAGAACACUCUCUCGUGGGACAACAACCUGGCAGAAGGUCUACGUAACACAGAUCCGGAAUUUUGGGAUGUCCAUCUCCGGCUUCUGUAUCUGACUGGGCCCCAAGGAUACGCAGGAGCUCUCAAGAACCAUUCCCUAGACGCGAUAGUAAUACCGACGGCGUUUGUUGUGAUGAAUGCUGCCAUAUCCGGCACCCCGGUGAUAUCGGUUCCGUUUGGAAGGCAUCCGGACAACACUGCCAUUAUCAAAGACAAGACUGGGACUCUCAAUGCCGUUGCCCCCAACUUGCCUUUUGGCAUUGGUUUUGCGGGGGCUCCGUUCAGUGAAGAAACACUGAUUAGCAUCGCGUAUGCCUUUGAGCAGAAGGUUCAGGCUCGGAAGGCCAUUAAGCCUUACAUCCAGCCCAAAACCGACCUAGAGGACAUAGUCAAACUCAGAGCUGGGAGAUUCACAGUCAACGAUGAUGCCAGGUUUUGGUCUAGAUUGAGCUACCAUAUGUCUGGAAACCUAGUCCCUCUCACCGUUAUCAAGGGCGCCGGCCAUGAGUAUAUCCCCCUUCCGGAGGGCGAGAACGCAACCGUUGCCGAUUUCCAUUCAAUCCGAACAAAGACAACAGACUCACCUGCCCACUUCACCUCCGGGUUCUACAAGAUUGUGGCAGGACCCGCCCGUCCCGCACACUACAACUUCGAGGAGACCAAGUACGUUCUCAAUGGUCAGAUCGAUAUCUUGGAUGAGGCCACCGGAAUCACCCACCAUCUAGUCCCUGGAGACUUUGCUUUCUUCCACGUCGGAUCCAAGGUCAAGUUCUCUACCAAGUCAGAAGGCCUUGCUUUCUACGCCGUCACCCGGCCCGUCAGAGUCCCCCACCCGAACUUGAAGGGCCGUGAGGAGGAAACAAAGUCCAAGUUGUAAAUCAGCAGAAAAAGCGAAACUGGCAAGCGAACUUGAAUUAUAGACAAACAUCGUUUACGCAAGAGACCACUCUUGCCACCACACUUAGAGGAUCUGUGGAGCACCUUUGGUGACCUUGAAACCACCAGGGGAGAGUUCCUGGAACACGCCCGUCGGAUCAUACUUCUGAGAGAUUGAUCUCAAGCGGUCCUUGUUAUCCUGACCAUAACCAGCAAACGGGUCCUGGAACUGGCUGGCGUAGUUUGUGUACUUAUAGCCCGAAGCAAGGCCCAUCUCAUCUGCCACCUUGUUGAUUCUCUCUUCCAUACGCUGCUGGGCUCUGUAAAUGGCAUCGUCGUCUUUCGCAUUUUGCCACCUCGACCAUAGGUUGACAAAUCCAAGAGGCCUCGGCUGUCCUCCAAGUCCGUGGGUAUUGCCGCCGUUUCGCUGCAUUAAUUCGAGC